AUGGAUGCCGUUGUUGAAGUUGUGGAACGCUAUCGUCAUGAGUUGGAAGACGCUAUGCAAACCAUUCGCCAAUCUGGUGAAGAGUAUGGACAGUCUGCUCAGCAAAUGAUUCAAGAAACGAGAAACCAAGUCGAGCCGCAAACUCAAGAGCUUAUCACGGCCGUUCGAGAUACGAGUUCGGUUCCUCCAACAACGAAGCCCGUUGUUGAGGUGUUUGCGUGGGCCACACUGAUGAUAUUCUUUGCUAACGCUGGUAUUAUUGUCGGCUCGUAUAUACUAGGUCCACUACUUUCGGCGUUUCUGGGAAAAUCUGGUGCUGCCCUUCUAGCAUUCCUUGCCAUUCCAGGUUAUGCUCAUUACUCCAUCACUAAGGUGGGUUAUGUUUCUGCACUAAGUGACAUACUUAACUCUGGUGGUGGAGACGAUGCUGCUAUUCGCUUCCAAGUGCUGUCGCUGGCAAUUGUGCAAGGUGUACUGAUGGGUUUCGUCAUCAACAGUUUGUAUCUCAGCAGUAUUCCAUUCGCUGUUCUCACUCCAGCGAUUACAGCUCUGUCAUUUCCGGCUGUUGCACUAUCCGCCAACGGAAAUCGUGUAGCGCUUCUUGCUGGUACGAUUGGUGCUGCAAUUAUUUUCAAUUUCGCUGUAGGAUUAGUAACUGUGAACCUAUCGUUCACCUACUUCCUGCUUUCGCUCACGUACGGUGGCAUUGCCGCAGCUGUGAUGCAGCUCAUUUUCAAGAAUCUCCAUGAGGAGGCAAAGGGCCAUGUCUAUCAAAACGCUCUCAGUUGUGGAUUCAUUAUUGCGAAAGGAACAUUCUUUCUUCUGUUUGGCUCCUAUGAACAAGAAGGAUUGGUUCAUCUACUAUUGGCUGGUGGCGUACCAUACAACCAGACGCAGUUGAAAUUUUGA